GAUCAAUAUCCAUUAACCUGGUGGCGUACUAAUCAAAAAUGGUUUCCUGUGUUAAGUAAAUUAGCUCGAAAAUAUUUGGCUAUCUCAGCAACUUUGACUGCAAGUGAAAGACUUUUUAGUGAUGCUGGAAAUACAAUGACAGAAAAAAGAACAUCACUCCUACCUACUACUUUUGAGCAUCUAGUGUUUCUAAGAAAUAAUUGGAAGAUUACUGGUGAUAUGUUUCCAA